UGAAACCAAACUUAUCAACACUGCACUGUUACAGACUCCGGACGAAAAAUAAGUAAAAUGUUUAAGAAGUUUAACACGACAGAACAGUAAGCACGGAUCUCAAAAAGCAUGGCCAAGCUGUUUUUGAAGUCACAUGAAACAUGACUUAUCUACCCUCUUUCAUUUACUUUCUAGUAUUAAACUCUCAGAUCCAUCAGGUAACUCUUGCUACUUCUCUUCUUUGUUUAUUCUUCCUUGUUUUCUUAACUCUUUCUUGUUUGCAUUUGUAAUACUCUCUAUCUAUCUUUGCAAAUUUGAAGAUGGUAUCUUGUGAUUUUUAGAUUAAGCCAACCCCUUGUGCUCAAAAUUCAAUCUUUGUGUUAGUGCUGAGUUAAAGAUGGUAUCUUGUAGUUUCUAGAUAAUGGUCAACCCCUAGUGGUCAAGAUUGAAUCUUUUUACGUUUUUGUAAUAUUUCUUGAAUUUGAUUUGGGUGUUAGUAUGGCCCUUUACAUGUGAAGUCAAGAUUUUUAGAGUGGUUUUAAAAUUUCUGCGAAUUUCUACUAAGUGAUAGGGAAAUUUGGGUAUUUUUUUUCCCAAGAUUUGUUUGGAAAGAGUUGCCCCCAAUUGGUUGUUUGGAGACAAGGGAUUUUAAGGUGUUAUAUGAUGGGGGAUAAGUUUUGGGUGAAAGAAGAGGACAAGGCUUUGGUACAAGGUGUAGUGGGAGUGGAAGCCUUUGAGUACUUGGUGUGGUUAGCUACCAAUAAUGUGUUCUUGGAGUUUGCUGCUCCUGCUAGGGAUUUGGGACUGCAAACCGGGCUGCACAAGAUUCUUGAGGGGUCUAAUUGGAGUUAUGCAGUUUUCUGGCAGGUCUGUAAUACUAAAUCGGGUAAAUCAGCUUUGAUUUGGGGGGAUGGUCAUUGUACAAAACCUGCAGGUGAUGAAACUGAGGAUCGAAACUCAGGAGGAGAUAGCAAGAAACGGGUGCUUGACAAGCUUCAUGCUUGUUUUAAGGGACCAGGAGAACAUAAUCUGGCUGUGAGUAUGGAUUCAGUUUCUGAUUUGGAUAUGCUUUAUCUAACCUCCAUGUAUUACGCUUUUCCAUUUGAUAAGCCUUCUAGUCCUUCUCAGUCUUUUAAUUCAAGUAGGUCUCUUUGGGGCUCUGACGUGAAAAGUAGUUUAGAGCACUAUCAGUCCAGGUCAUUUUUAGCGAAAAUGGCUAGAUUUGAGACAGUAGUGUUUGUUCCAUUGAAGUCGGGAGUAGUGGAGCUUGGUUCAAGCAAGGUAAUUCCAGAAGAUCAGAACUUGAUUCAAAUGGUGAAAACGUUAUUUGGGAAAUCUCAUGCAGUGCGUGCAAAUGUGUCACCAAAGAUAUUCGGGCAAGAUCUCAGUCUGGGUGCUGCCAAGCCUGGUCCUAUUAGUAUAAGUUUUACGCCCAAGGUUGAAGAAGAUUUAUAUUAUUCAGCAGAUCCACCUGUAUUAAGUGCUAAUCAAGUAUAUGGAAACUCUUCGAACGGGCACCGGAAUAAUGAUAAUGAAGUGAAGUUUUUUCCGCACAUGAACCAAGUAGUUACUGGGGAAUUAAAUCCACAGGCAUUAGCUUCUGCUUUUGAACAGGGUAUGGAUGACUCAUUACUACAAGGUGAUGACAGGAAACCGAGAAAGAGAGGUAGAAAACCUGCUAAUGGUAGGGACGAACCAUUAAAUCACGUGGAGGCCGAGAGACAGAGACGUGAAAAGCUGAACCAGAGAUUUUAUGCUCUAAGAGCAGUUGUUCCAAACAUCUCAAAGAUGGACAAAGCCUCACUUCUUGGUGAUGCAAUUUCAUAUAUCACCGAUCUCCAAUCGAAAAUUAGGAUACUGGAAACUGAGAAGGGUGUUGUGAACAAUAAGCAACAACAGUGUGUUAUUCCGGACAUCGAUUUCCACACAACACAAGAUAAUGCAGUUGUGCGAGUGAGCUGUCCAUUGGACGCUCACCCAGUUUCUAGAGUCUUAAAGACACUAAGGGAACUUGAUGUUGUAACGCAAGACUCCAAUGUCUCCACAAGUGACAGUGGUGAGGUUGUUCAUACAUUUACCAUUGCUGCUCAAGGGGGUACUGCCGAGGACUUGAAAGAAAAGCUUUCCACUGCUCUUUCACAAUGAUUCCUCGAUUAAUAUCAAUUUGUAAGACGAAUCUAUUCAUACUCAUUAUGUAGAAUAAUAGGAAGUUGUUGACAUAUUUGCAUACUAAAAUAGGAAUAAACUAUUGUUCCAUAAAUUAUAUAGUUAUAGUUGAAUAUUAAUUGCGAUUUCAACUUUCAGCUUCA